UGCGGCAUUAGCAUCAGCUGUUGGUAUGUUUUUGCUGAUAAGGUUGCUGCGUUUGUUUUUGCAAAUAAGAAUCGCGGCUUAGAAAAGUUAUUUUUGUGGAUAAAUAUUAAGAAAUGCGACCUGCCUGUUGUCAGCCCUGCGCACGAGGUCUUUUAAUACAACCCUCAAAAACAUUUCUAAAAAAUCUACUUCGUAUAUUUAGUAAUAAAUCGAGUGAUAUUGAGAUACCGCCCGAACCCACAACAUGCUGCAUGUCUGGCUGUGCAAAUUGUGUUUGGAUUGAAUAUGCAGAGACUCUGUCAAAAGUUUUCGAAGGUAACGACGAAAAGGCAAGGCAAAUAAUAUUGAGUAAAAUAACUGAUCCAAAUCUGAAAAUGUUUUUAAGUUUGGAGUUGAGAAAUAUCGCAUAUAAGAAAGACACUGAAAAUAGUACGAUUGCUUCGAAAAAGGAUCCAUAGCCGCAAAAGUGAAAGAAAUUGUAAAAUUUUAAAAUUAUUGUUAAAUUUUUACUCAUUUAAAUUUUAGUCAUAGUCUAAUUGUAACCUGUACAUAUGGGUGUGUAUGUGUAUUAUGCGAAUUAAGUACAAAGUGAUAGUAAUAUAACGAAUUAUUACAUGAACGUUUUUUUUUUAUUGAUAUAUUUCUAUUUAAUUUAUUUAAAGUUUUCAAUACUAAAAUUGGACUUGUAAAUGAGUAAUAAAAAUAAUAUAAUUUUUUGGUUUUACUAGA